AUGGGAAACUAGAAUUCAGCCAAUGAAAUAAGUGGCUCUGGGUUCAUUUGUUCCUCAAUAGGUACAAAAACCAAAAAAUCAAAGAAAAAUCUCAAUGAAUAAUUGAAAAAUCAUCUAUCUCGCAAAUCCACACCGUACUCCGACUAAAACCAGGGCUAAGACUAUGCUAAUGAUGAGGAGCUUACAAGAUUUCUUAAAAAAAUAACUCAACCACAUCAAAAUUAAUAAUGUCCAGCUUAGGACUCAGUGAAUAAUGAAAUGGAGGAAUCAAAUGAUUAUAUGGAUAAAGUAUUUGAUGGAGCUGCUGUGCAUUUAGAUAAUUCAAAAUCUGAACUCAUAAAUCCUUUUGCGAACUCUAUGAGUAAUUUAUCCUCGUAAGUUGAUGGAAUAGGAAGUAAUCAACUAAGAAAUAGACUAAAAAGUGACAUUAACUCCCCAUUUAAUCUGAAGCGAAACAAGAGUGACAACUAAAUUACAGAUACAGAAUCAACGUAGCUUACCUACAAAGAACUAUAAAUAAGGAAGUGUUUUGACGAUAGUCCUGAGAAAAUACUUUAAGAUUAAAAGUAAGUUACCGAAUACGAUGAGGAUGAUUAAAGUAGUGAAACUAAGAGAUUUACUGUGACAGACUAGGAUUAAAAUUACAUGUUGUCAUUCAUUGUCAAAAACAAGCAUUCAGAUAAGGGCAAAAUUCUUAUUAAGUCAAGCGAAAAAAUAAGGACAAAUUUCAUGUCAAAACUUGUAUAUUAAAAUGUCUGGAUCAGUCCCCAGUAAAAGCCUAAAACUCAUUAAACUUGCAUUAUUUUUGACUGGGAUGAUACAAUUUUGUGCACUACAUAUUUGAUUCCUUAUCCAUCUCUACUGCAAGAUCCAAUGAGAAAGAUCCCUUAGUCAAUGCAGGAAAUUUUAGAUUCACUUGAUGAUGCUGCCGAAAAUCUACUGAUCAUGGCAAAGCAACUUGGAAUGGUAUUCAUUAUUACAAAUGCUGCUGAUGGCUGGGUUGAAAUGAGUUCUGAACGCUUUUUACCAAAAGUUCAUAAGUUAUUAAGAGAAGGUGUUAAAAUAAUCAGUGCAAGGUCGAAAUUCGAGAAGCUUUUCCCUCAUAACUAUCAGGAAUGGAAGAUCAGAGCAUUUUUAGAGGCUCAGCAAGCAAUGGACAAUGAUGCAAUUACUAAUCUAGUUGCUAUUGGAGAUAAUAACAUUGAGAUCGAGGCUGCUUAUCAUUUGGCCUCACAGUUUCAACACGCUUUUAUUAAGACCAUUAAAUUUAGGGAGAGUCCCAGCACCUAGGAACUCACUAAAUAACUAAAAUUAGUUGCUAACUAAUUCGAGUAAAUAGUAACUGCUCCUAAGAACUUGACUGUAAGACUAUAAAAGUUUGGCAAGAAUCAGAAGGAAAAGGAACUUGAGGAGGAAGAGAGAAUCGUAAAGUAAAGAAAAUUAUUUCUAAAGCGAUAGCAGACUUAAGAGUUGGAGGAUAAUAGAAGAAUGAGUGCUUUAGAACCAAUUGUUUCCAGAGCUAAAUCAGUGGAGAAAAAUUCAUUCUUUGAAUAGGAAACUAUAAUAAGAAGACACCUCUCGAUCGACAGAGAUAGAGUAAAAACAAUCAUCGAAAAUAAGAUAAAUCCAAUUUAAAUUUGA